AUCUAUUUAAUGGUACUGACGAAAAAAAUCAAACUUUUAAAAUGUCUUUUAAAACACGAUGUGAUACCAGCGGCAAGAUAAUGUGAUUCCUACAAAUUCCUGAUUCAUAUGCAACGAUACCUGACGCUCAAUGCCUGGGUCAAGAUCAUCAGUAUCAUUUCAGCUUUUGCGUCUCAAACAUUGUUCGAAUAGUGAAAUUCGUGGUCCAUUAUGAAGUGGAUUCGAGUUGUGGCCAUAACAGGAUGCGACAGCGGCCUUGGCUGGGCGCUAGCGGCUCGAUUAGCUCGGGAAGGACUUGUAACAGUGGCAGGCAUGUUCAAGGGCACGAACACAGAAGCUUCCAAAGCCCUAAGCGCUCUGUGUGCUCAUCCUCACAUGUUGGAUGUGACGAAGCCCGAAAGCAUAGCCAAUUUUUAUGAUUAUAUUAAAUGUCUUUUAGAGAAAAAUCCCGAAUACAAAUUAUAUGCCCUGAUCAACAAUGCUGGAGUAAUGACCAUAGCAGACUACGAAGUACAACCACCACAAAUAUUUGAAAAUACAAUAAAUGUUAAUUUAAUGGGUCCAAUGAGGAUGGUGUCAACAUUUCUACCUGAGCUUAGAAAAAAUGCUUCUGAGGGUUUAAAACCUCGUAUAAUUAACGUCGCCAGCCACUGCGGUCUGCAGCCACUGCCUGGCUUUGCCCCAUACAGCGGUAGUAAGGCGGGCUUGCUUGCGUGGACGCGAGCUCUACGGCUAGAACAUUAUGGUACCGGGCUGAGUGUAUCGGCCUUUAUACCAGGAGGAUUCGUUAGUAUCAGCAACCUCAUGGCCAAUCAGAAAAGCCAAGAAGAAAUAAUCUUAAACCAUUUGAACAACGAGCAAAAACCGAUUUACGAAACCAAAAUUAAAACGUUAAAUCAUUAUCUGUGUCCAAACGUACAAUCACCUAGCUUCGAUGCUAUGAAAGAUGAAAACUUAAUCGAAACUUUCGUGAAAGCUGCAUUGUCAGAAAAUCCAAAAUUACAAUACAAAGUGGAAUCUUGGCGUUACAAGUUUUACUACACUUUGUUUAAAUUACCUUUUCCUGAAAUUAUACAUCUUUGGCUCAUUAAGAAGUUUUUGAGAUUUCCAGUUUAAAGCAUAGAUAUUAAAAUAUGUGUCAUAAGUGUGAGUUAUUACAAACUAGAUUCCUAUGUCUCGCGUGCGCACGAACAAAAACAUCAUUAAAAUAUAUAUAUUUAAACUCUGUUAAUUAAGCACCUUAAUUAUAAGCAUACAAUUGGUUACUGCAUGUUAUAUAUAUUUACGCUUAAAAUAUAUGAAUAAUAAUAAAGUUAAGCCACCGACAAUGUUAAUAAUAAACUAUUA